GCAUGUGGUUUUGCGUUUCCCACCAAGCACCGCGCACCAAGCACCCCCAAGCCAUGCUUUUUCGAAUAUCCAUUCUCAACUCGGAGCUAGCGAGUGGAAGGGUCCCGGCCCGGGGGGCUGAGGUCUUGCGCUGCCAUGGCUUGGCUUUACCUCAACCAGGUUGGCUUUCUUCUUGACCACCAUCCUUCGCGCGGCGCACCUCCGUCAGCACCAAGAAGCUUUUUGUUGCUUGGGUCGUCAGCUUUUACGUCUGCUUUCUUCUGGCACAUGUUUCCCCCAGGCCGUCUGACAGAAACAAACCAGCUUUUCGACCCAACAUCUACCAUUGAUCCUCACGAUCCAUAGUAUCAUCAUCGCAUCGCGCUUCCGAACCGACGACAACUUCGAUAUACCCAAGAGAGCGACGACAAACACACCGCACAGAUGCUUCGCAAGAAAGAGGUCUACACGACCGUCACCCCCAUCCCGGGCUUCAUCCCCCGCCAGCUUGCCAUCGAUAUCCUCCACUCCCACUCCGAGGUCAUCACUCUCAACCCCCUCGUCCUCGACCACAAGCCCAUCAAGGCGCCCCGCGAUGCCGCCUCCGACGAGUACUACUCGACAUGGUACGAAAUCACCGAGCGCAUCCAGUACAUCCCCGGCAUCGGCAAGAUGGGGUCUGGCAAGAUCAGCUUCAACGGCUGCUUCCACGAUAUGCCUUGGGGCCUGCAGACGCACACCUACGCCCCAAUGAACAUCGACAUCCGGAUCAAGUACAAAAUCGACGGUAACCAGCCCGGCUUCGAACCGCCCCAACCGCCCGAGAUCGGCAUGUCCGGCCUUGGUGUACCCGCAGACGGGUUGUAUUUGCGAGAGGAUAUCGAGAUACGCUGUAACAUCACUAUGGUCAAUUUUGUCAAGGCGCAACUCAAGGCCGCGAGCAAGGAAAUGGUUUCAAGAAUCAUCAAGAAGGCGGAGCUGCUCGACGCGGGCGUGUUGCAGGCCAUGAUUACGGACGGGAAGCUCAAGACUAUCAACCCGGCCGACCGCACCAGCACAGGCAUGUCCGGCGCGCACUCCCCAUUAUUCAACCAGCGCCCCGAGGGCAGCCCAAGACCGGAACCACAUUCGCCCACAACACCCUACCAGGUCCCAAGACCAGUCUCAAUGCAACAGUUCCGCCCCGGCUCGCAGGGCAGCUACGGCGCACACCAGAACCAGCCGUCGGAGCUCUACUCCCAGCACAGCGCACCUCAAACAUCCUUCAUCGCCGAACUCCCCGGAAACUUCUACCACCCGCAGCAAUCGUCCAACAACCUGCAACCCCCGCAGCCGUCCCCGGGCCUACACAACGGUGACCGCGACUCCAUGUCGCAACAAUCACAGUUCUCCCCGGAUCCAAACUCAUGGCGCUGGUCCCAGGGCCAACCAAGCCCGUCGCAACAGAGCUCGCGGCCGACGAGCAUGGCGUCGUCCGAGGCGAGUAGUGGGUACGCUAGCCCGGCUCUCGAUCACAAGGGGUUCUCGUCCGAAUUGCCCACGCACCCGGAGACGCAGGAGGAGCACCGCGGGGAUGCGCAUGGCAAGGCCGCGGAGGCGGCUCAGCAGCAGCAGCAACAGCAGCAGCACAGGGUCAAGGGACCGCAGGCGUAUCCGACGUAUGGGCAGGCUUAUGCUUAUAAUCCUGCAGAUUACGCGCCGUUGAGUAGAUGAUGAGGGAUUGCCUCGCAGAAUGAAAUUGCUGGCGUGUGUGUUAUAAUACCAGGAGUUCUAAGGGAUUGAAAUGAGCGCGGAUUAGGGCUUGGUUUGGCAGACACCUUCUUUCAAUGAUACCGCUUUGCUUUGGGGGAUGAGAUAUUAUGUGUCGUACCUAUUGGUGAUAUCAACUGGUCAAUGAUGGGCAAAUAGGAAAAAAGGAGUCAUCUCUUUCAAUCUAUUUGAUAAUGAUAUUCCACGAUUUACA